GACGAGGCACGAGAUAUCUUAUCUAUUUGUUUGGUGAUUUUUGGUCAGAUCAGUUGAUAGAUACUACGGGAUGGCUCGACUGGGUCUGGGUGUGGUAGUGGUGGGGAUGGUCUUGGCUGCGGUGGGAAUGGCUCAGACGGUGUGUUUGGAGGAGUGUUUUGAUAUGGAGCAGCCGUGUCCGUAUGGAGAGAGAUCGAUUAAUGUCGAGGGCUGCUGGAGCUGCUGCCGUCCGGUGGACGAAGAAUGAACAAACAAAUUCUCAUCGAUUCGGAGGACGUAAUGGGCCAGUGGCUAAAUUGCAACAUGCUUCAGAAUCACAAAUAUACUCUAACUAUUCGUACCUACCCAAUGGCUCCGUUAUUGGUCAUUGUCAUAAUCAUGAAUCUUCAUGUCAGUCAAAAGUUCGUGUCUGUAAUGCCAACCCCAUUUAUUUUGUGUUGUAUCGUUCUUAUCUGAAUCAAGUGUAUAAGCCGUAAUCUCGCGUAAGCAUUUAUAAUUCGUCGUAUG